CAGCAGUUUCCGGUUAAAUUUGUUUUGAAUUUGCUGUCCGGUCGCUGGCAGAUAUUCAGACUGUUCGGGUAAGGUUCAAUUAUUCUCUCCGUGAAAAACGUGGGAUUUGUUGCUUCUGUGUGGCAGACAUGUCCACGCUGUUUCCCUCGUUGUUCCCCCGGAUAACGGAGUCCCUGUGGUUUAACCUGGACCGACCGUGCGUGGACGAGACCGAGCUGCACCAGCAAGAGCAGCAGCACCAGACCUGGUUGCAGAGCAUUGCUGAAAAAGACAACAACCUGAUGCCCAUUGGAAAACCAAUUUUUGAGGCAGGCUAUGAAGAGGAGGAGGAAGAGGAUGACGAAGAUGAAGAAGACAGCGAAGAAGACUCAGAAGAUGAAGAGGACAUGCAGGACAUGGACGAAAUGAAUGACUACAAUGAGUCACCUGAUGAUGGCGAGAUCAAUGAGGUGGAUAUGGAGGGGGCAGACCAAGACCAAGACCAGUGGAUGAUUUAAAACAAGACUGGUCUCCAUCAAGCUGGCCCUGGGUUUCCACUACUUAAAAUGUGACUGCUGCCCCUUCAGUUUGUGACACACAUGUUUUAUAUGUGUAAUUAGAAAGAAGUGAUGCUGAAGAAUCACCAUAAGAUGCUUGAAGGACAAGUCAGCACAUUCUAACUUCAAACUGCAGUCAGUCAUCACUGGACAUCAGUGGCAACCUGUGACUGUGGUAAAUACUUUUAACCAGUUAAAGCUGCUCCAAGUGUGCGGUGCUCUUUAGUAGAUGUUGUUUUGUACUCAGCCAGGCACGCCUUCACGCAGUGGCAGCCGCCGGCCCAGUGAUCCGCCGUGUAAACUUUGACCUUCUCCUAUCUUCAGCCUUGUGCAACUAAGUGUCUCCAACCAGCUGACCCAGCAUGUCCACAAGUCAAGUCAGCAAAGUAAUUUAUUGACCUAUGCAAAAGUCAUCCAGCUACUUCACCAUAUAGUCCAGCUCUGUUUCACAGCAGUGUUUUGUAUGUUACAGAAAUACCUUCAGCAGAGGAUUCACAAAGCCGCGUGACUUGUAUUAUGUUCAGACACUUUUUAAAAUUUUGAACUAUGUCGAAAGCAAAGUCUGCCGUUAGUGUUUAAAUAUGAGGCAUGGUGUCCGUUUUAAACUCUGCCAUAGUUAUGUUAUAGAGUAUCUUACCGUGGCAUUACUUGCUUCUGCUGAAGUUUUAAAUUAAUUUAAUUAAGCCAUGUUUCCGUUUUUGUGUAUUUGAAUUUAUUAAUAAAAUAUAAAAAAAUGUAAUGUGUCACGUGUAGCUCAGUAAGCUAAAAAGCAAUAAUGUGCAGACUCACACUGAUCAAAGCUAAUCUGAGUUUUGGUGGUGAAGUAUCCAAGGUUUACGUGAUCAGACUUUUGAUGGCAGGAAAGAUUUUAAACAUGAAUGGUUACAUGCAGCAACUGAAAGCAGACAGAUAAUUAAUAUUAACA